CUCCCGCCCCGCUCCGCCAUCAUGAAGUCCUGAACAAAAACGGAUGAGAGUCGAGCAAAAUGGGGAUAACACGAACGGGAGAUGAAAUCCGCCGGCUGCAGUAACGUAAUGACAGUGCAAAGCGGAGAAGGGAGCCGAGCCUCGGAUUUGAAUGAAUCAGUUUGCCAGUGAAAACCUCCCGGGCAGCUCCUGGCGUUACGUUAUUUAGUUAGCGGGGUUGCUAACAGCAGCCAGAGCUAGCCCCUGGUUUUCUCUGGAUAAGGCUGGCUAGCUUAGCUGGCAGCCAGGCAGGCAGGCAGGCGUCAGUCAGCUAGCUGUCACUUCAACUGACUGCCACUUAACUCAUGUCAAGUCGUACAGACGCGCUAGCUGUCCAAUUGACUGGGAGCUUCAGGAUGGCGAGGAGUUUAAGUAAAAGCGUCGACAGGCAGAAUGUGGUUUGUUCGUGUUGAAUAGACACCAGUGCCGAGGAAAGGGGAGUGAGACCAAUAUUUUCCAGCCAGGCCAGUGAGCUAGCUCUUGAGCUAGCUACAGUGGAUCCCAAAAGCCACGGCGCUGGCCAUGCCGUCGAGUGUGCGGGCCGGGAGCCUGAAGGACCCGGAGGUGGCUGAGCUGUUCUCCAGGGAGGAUCCCGAGAAGCUCUUCACGGACCUGAGGGAGAUCGGCCAUGGGAGCUUCGGAGCAGUCUACUUCGCCCAUGACAUCCGCACAAAUGAGGUGGUGGCCAUCAAGAAGAUGUCCUACAGCGGCAAGCAGUCCAAUGAGAAAUGGCAGGAUAUCAUCAAGGAAGUGAAGUUCCUCCAGAAACUGCGCCACCCCAACACCGUUGAGUACCGUGGCUGCUACCUGAGAGAGCACACAGCCUGGCUGGUGAUGGAGUACUGCUUGGGUUCAGCUUCUGACCUUUUAGAAGUUCACAAGAAACCCCUGCAGGAAGUGGAAAUAGCCGCCAUAACCCAUGGUGCAUUGCAGGGAUUGGUGUAUCUUCACUCUCACAACAUGAUUCACAGGGAUGUGAAAGCAGGAAACAUCUUGCUCACAGAGCCAGGUCAGGUCAAACUGGGAGAUUUUGGCUCUGCCUCCAUCGUCGCUCCAGCCAACUCCUUCGUGGGAACACCUUACUGGAUGGCCCCUGAGGUGAUCCUCGCCAUGGACGAGGGUCAGUACGACGGGAAGGUGGAUGUGUGGUCACUUGGCAUUACCUGCAUAGAGCUGGCGGAAAGGAAGCCUCCUCUGUUCAACAUGAAUGCUAUGAGUGCCUUAUACCACAUCGCCCAGAAUGAGAGCCCUGUGUUGCAGUCGAAUCACUGGUCGGAUUAUUUCCGCAAUUUUGUGGACUCCUGUUUGCAGAAGAUCGCCCAGGACAGACCUACCUCUGAUGUGCUGCUCAAGCACCAUUUCCUAUGCAGAGAGCGUCCCAUGACAGUUGUGAUGGACCUGAUCGCACGUACCAAGGAUGCUGUUCGCGAGCUGGACAACCUUCAGUACCGGAAGAUGAAGAAAAUCCUCUUUCAUGAGGCACACAACGGUCCUGCACCAGAAGGAGGUGACGAGGAAGAGGAUGUGGAGCAGUAUAUGCUGCGCACUGGCACAGUCAACAGCAUGGAGAGCUCCCACUCCCUGCCAUCCAUGUCGAUCAGCGCCAGCUCCCAGAGCAGCUCGGUCAACAGCCUGGCAGACGGCUCCGAUGACAGCGGGGAGAUGGCCAUGAUGCAGGAGGGAGAGCACACCGUCACCUCCAACAGCUCCGUCCUGCACAAGCCCCUGGUCAGUCCAAACUGUCUGUGGGUGGAUACGCUGGUUGAGAGUCCCGUCCCUCCCAGUCCCCCUUUUACAUGAUAUCAAUCAGAAAACAAGCACUGACGAGGCCGAGACCAUUUUGCCACCAUCAGGACGGCCUCCCUGGUCACCCGUCAGAUCCAGGAACACGAGCAGGGCUCGGCCCUCAGAGAGCAGAUGUCUGGGUACAAGCGAAUGCGGCGGCAGCACCAGAAGCAGCUGAUGGGUCUGGAGAACAAGCUGAAGGCAGAGAUGGACGAGCAUCAGCUGAGACUGGACAAAGAGCUGGAGAAUCAGAGGAACAGCUUCUCAAUGGAAGGAGAGAAAUUCAACAAGAAGCACCAGGCCAUUCUGGAGAAAGAGACAAAGGCAGUCCUGACUGAGGAGAAGAAAUUCCAGCAGCACAUCCUGGCCCAGCAGAAGAAGGAGUUGACCAGUCUGCUGGAGUCCCAGAAACGGCAGUAUCGGCAACGCAAGGAGCAGCUCAAAGAGGAACUUAAUGAGAAUCAGUCGACACCAAAGCGGGAGAAACAGGAGUGGCUGGUGCACCAGAAGGAGUGUCUGCAGCAGCUGCAGGCAGAGGAAGAGGCCGGCCUGCUGCGGAGGCAGAGGCAGUACUACGAGCUCCAGUGUCGCCAGUACAAGAGGAAGAUGCUGCUAGCGCGCCACAACCUGGAGCAGGAUCUGCUCAGAGAGGAACUGAACAAAAAGCAGACUCUGAAGGACCUGGAGUGUGCCAUGCUGCUGCGUCACCACGAGUCCACCCAGGAGCUGGAGUUCCGCCAGCUCAGUUUGGUGCAGCGUACGCGGGCCGAGCUGAUCCGCACACAGCACCAGACGGAGCUCACCAACCAGAUGGAGUAUAACAAGAGGCGUGAGCAAGAGCUGCGUCAGAAGCACGCCAUGGAGGUCCGCCAACAGCCCAAGAGCCUCAAAUCCAAAGAGCUUCAGAUUAAGCGUCAGUUCCAGGACACCUGCAAGAUCCAAACCCGCCAGUACAAGGCGCUGCGCAACCACCUGCUGGAGAACACGCCCAAGUCGGACCACAAGGCCGUGCUGAAGCGGCUGAAGGAUGAGCAGACCCGUAAGCUGGCCAUCCUGGCCGAGCAGUAUGACCACUCCAUCAAUGACAUGCUGUCCACACAGGCUCUGCGAUUGGAUGAGACCCAGGAAGCCGAGUACAAGGUGCUGCGGAUGCAGCUGCAGCAGGAGCUGGAGCUGCUCAACGCCUACCAGAGCAAGAUCAAGAUCCACACCGACACUCAGCACGAGAGGGAGGUCAAGGACCUGGAGCAGAGGGUGUCCAUCCGCCGGGCGCUGCUGGAGCAGAGGAUCGAGGAGGAGAUGUUGUCCUUGCAGAACGAGCGUUCAGAACGUAUCCGCACCCUCCUGGAGCGCCAGGCCAGCGAGAUCGAGACCUUCGAUUCAGAGAGCCUGCGUCUGGGCUUCAGCAACAUGGCGCUGACGGGCAUCCCCAGCGAGGCCUACCCCAAGCAGGGCUACUCCAACGCUCCACCCUCCAGCUCCCGCUCUGCUGGCCACUGGAGCCACGGCAUCCACCCGCAGAAUGUGCCCUCGCAGCAGCUGCCCCGCCGCAGCCACAACAGCAGCAGCAGCAGUGGCAUCAGCAGCGGAGGAGGUGACCGCCGGAGCGAGUCCUCCUCGUCUUCCCACGGCCUGAGCAUGGCCCUGGGGCUUGGGCGGGACGGCAGGGAGGUGCACCACUCAUCCCGCUCCUCUGCCUCCUCUUCCUCCUCGUCCUCCUCGUCCUCCUCCCACCACCAGCGCCACCACCUGCCCCAGCACUACCACCACCAGAGCACCCCGCAGCUCUACCGCGAGCGGGAGAGGGAUCGAGAUAGGGAGCGGGAGAAGGAGAGGGAGCGGGAGUGGGCCGGAGUGCGAGGCUCCGGCGGCGACCUGGCCCACCCACACCCCCUGCCCUUCUCCCAUCACCUGCCCUCGCGCUCCUCCUCCCAGUCCCUGGCCAUGCUACCUCCCCCACCGCCCGCUCCUCCCUCCAUCUCAGGCCCGUCCUCCUCUUCCUCUUCGUCCUCCUCCUCGCAGGGGGGGAUAUACGGAGGCGGCGGGCUGGGCGUGCGCGGCGCCCCCAGCCUGAUGGCCCUGAGGAACAGCCCCCAGCCCCUGAGGAGGACGGCGUCCGGCGGGGGGCCCGGAGGCGCCGGGGGCAGCGACGGCGUCCUGAGCCGGAGCACCUCAGUCACUUCGCACAUCUCCAACGGCUCCCACAUCUCCUACUCUUAG